CAAGAUCUCUCUUAUUUAAAAUGGAAAGCGCGUGUUUUGAUAAACAGAGAGCAAUGUCGGUUUGGUUGUGCACCUUUGUGAAGCCAAACAACUGGCUACAGAUGAGCGGACUGGACCUUCCUAUUCCCUUCCCCACACGUCUUCACUCUGCAUUGAUCCCCUAUAAAUACCAACUCCAGCACCCAAAAAAACUUCAAACCAAACCCACCUCUUCAAAUUCAUCAUUCACAUCUCAAACAAAAAUCAUGGCUUCACUGAUAUUCUUUUCAUUUUGGAUUGCUUCUUUUGUGGCAGCUACCUCAGCUGGUAACUUUUAUCAAGAUUUUGACAUCACAUGGGGAGAUGGUCGUGGUAAGAUACUAAACAAUGGUGAUCUCCUCACUCUCUCCCUUGACAAAGCCUCUGGUUCAGGUUUCCAAUCCAAGAAUGAGUUUCUAUUUGGGAAAAUUGAUAUGCAACUCAAGCUUGUCCCUGGCAACUCUGCUGGCACUGUCACUGCUUACUAUUUAUCUUCAAAAGGGUCAACAUGGGAUGAGAUUGACUUUGAAUUUCUUGGGAAUUUGAGUGGUGAUCCUUAUAUUCUUCACACAAAUGUUUUCAGUCAAGGAAAGGGAAACAGAGAACAACAAUUCUAUUUAUGGUUCGACCCAACUGCAGAUUUCCACACAUAUUCCAUUCUUUGGAAUCCACAACGCAUUAUAUUCUCUGUAGAUGACACUCCAAUUAGGGAAUUCAAGAACAUGGAGUCCAUGGGUGUUGCGUACCCAAAGAAUCAAGCAAUGAGAAUAUACUCUAGUUUAUGGAAUGCUGAUGACUGGGCCACAAGAGGAGGACUUGUGAAGACAGAUUGGUCUCAAGCUCCCUUCACUGCCUCCUACAGGAACUUCAAUGCCAAUGCUUGUGUUUGGUCCAACGGUGCAUCUUCUUGCCCUUCAACUAAAAACAGUAGUAAUGCUUGGCUCUUACAGGAGUUGGAUUCUGCACACCAGGAGAAGCUGAAGUGGGUGCAGAAGAACUACAUGAUAUAUAACUACUGUGGUGAUACUAAGAGAUUUCCUGGAGGCCUACCCAAGGAGUGCAACAGCAGCUUCUAGUUCAUAAUGUUGCAUUGAUACUGUGUUUUUGUGUAAUUAUUUACACUGUAUUCUUUAAUUCUUUGGUAAUUGUCCUAUUGAUGUAAUGCAAAACAACGCACAAAUGGAAAAGAUUACUCUUUGGUGAUUGAAUCAAUUUCAAUGAAUUUGAGUUGUGCAUUCUUUGAA